UAAUUUUAUUUUUUUUACAGACUGGUACACACGAGCAAGAAGGGUACUAUGAUAUUAAUGUAUUUAUAGACACAAUAUUACGUGUUGUGUUUGAACAUCAUGGUGGUAGACGUAUUGUGUUCUCAACCUUUGACCCUGAUACUUGUGUGGCCUUACGUCUGAAGCAGAAUCGGUUCCCAGUGUUGUUUCUGACACAAGCUGACACAACAAUGUAUGAAACCCUAUGGGGAUAUGAGAACAAGAUCUGUUCCUAUGGCAGCAGAAUUCUGUAUUGCUCACGAUCUGUUGGGUGUAAACCCAAUGUCACAAGUUCUGUUGAGAGAUUUAUCCCUGAUUGACUAUGUCAAGAACAGUGGCCUAAUUUUGUUCACCUGGGGUGAGGACAACAACAAUGCUGAUGUUAUUGAUAAACUCAAGAAAUUGAAGGUGGACGCUAUAAUAUAUGACAGAAUUGACUGUUUCAAAACAACAAAAGAAAGUAUAUUCAAAUUGGAGCACAAGAAAAAGUUGGAAAAAUUAUAUGACCAGUUUCCAUCAACAAUUGAUAUGGAAAGUCCAACGAAUAACCAUGAUAUCCCUGGAACAAGUGCUCACCAUUGAUGUGAAAAAUGUGUCGUAACCAUAGAAACUUAUGACAUUUAAUUUUUCAUGCAUGGCAACAAGAUACUUCACUAAUGCAAUUCUUUCUUUACUGGGAGAAUUAUUUUAUUCUUGUUUGUUAUUUUAACAAACAUUCCACUGAUCGUUUUCAGAAUUUUGAUUAUUUUAAUUGUUCUUUGAUUAAUUUUCAAGUAAUUAUUUUGGCAUAUUUGCUGAAUAAUUGAAUCUUAAUAAGCUGCUAUGUGGCAUACAAAAUGGAGAAGGUCCUCUGCUGAUUUCUAUAAAACUUCAUUUACGUAAGGUUUUAUUAAGGUUUAGGGGGUAUAUAGGAGUUAGCUUGUCGGUCUGUAAAGUUUGGAAUGACCCCCAGGGAUCAAGGUCACUGUUACUGAAAAUAGAAAAAAAUGGUUUUUCGGCCAAUAACUAGUAAGGAAUGAAAUGUUGUAAUCACACUUGAUAUAAAGUAAACUUAUAUGAAGACCAUGGUUGUGAUUACUUUUGGACCCCAAAGGUUCAAGGUCAAUGUUACUGGACAAUAACUAGAGUUAGGAAUGAAAUAUUCUAAGCAAAGUUGGUGUAUAGCAAGUUGGUGUAUAGCAAGCUUGUAUGAAGACUCUGGUUUGGAUUGCUUUAGGGGCCCCUUGGGUCAAGGUCAUUGUUACUAAAACUUGGAAAAUGGUUUCCAGAUGAUAACUAUAGUAAACAGUGAAAUAUUGUAAGCAAACUUGGUAUAUAGCAAGCUUGUAUGUAGACCCUGGUUAUGAUUGCUUUUGGAUUCUACUGGGUCAAGGUCUUUAUUACUUAAUAUAGAAAAAUAGUGUCUGUAUAAUAACCUGAGUAAGGGAUGAGAUAUUUAAUUAAAACUUAGUAUACAACAAGCUUAUGUGAAGACCCAGGGUUGGGAUUGAUUUUAGAAGCCCCUGGUGUUUAGAUCAAGGUCACUGUUACUAACUAUGUUU